UAAGGUCCUGGUCCUCCAUAUGCAUAUUCCACCUUACCCUCUACAAAAAUGGCAGCCAUCGACUCUCAAACUAUCAUUACACACUUGCUUCAGUUUAUAACCUCAUCACAAUCUUAUUACUCUAAGUCCAAACCAUCAUGUCAUCUCUCUCUGUGCGUUUUCUCUCACCUUCAUUGCCUUCUUCCACCUCUGCAUGGCCCAGCAGUACAAGGCUGGCAGCCACUCAGGCUGAAAGACCAGUGGAAUUAUCAAGGCUGGAGCCAAGAGUAGAAGAGAGAGAAGGGUACUGGGUGUUGAAGGAAAAUUUCAGGGAAGGCAUAAAUGUUCAGGAGAAAGUGAAGCUUCAGAAAGAGCCUAUGAAGUUUUUCAUGGAAGAGGGGCUACUACAAGAAUUGGUGAACAUUCCUCUGGAGGAGCUUGAGAAAGCUAAGGUUACUAAGGAUGAUAUCGAUGUCAGGCUCAAGUGGCUUGGUCUCUUCCACAGGAGGAAGUAUCAGUAUGGUAGAUUUAUGAUGAGACUAAAACUACCUAAUGGGGUAACAACAAGUGCACAAACUCGAUACUUAGCGAGUGUGAUUAGGAAAUAUGGGAAGGAAGGGUGUGCAGAUGUGACAACGAGGCAAAAUUGGCAAAUUCGUGGAGUGUUACUACCCGAUGUGCCAGAAAUAUUUAAAGGUCUUGCAGAAGUCGGCUUGACAAGCCUGCAGAGUGGAAUGGAUAAUGUGAGAAAUCCUGUUGGGAACCCCCUUGCUGGCGUUGACCCACUUGAGAUUGUUGAUACACGGCCUUACACCGAUUUGUUGUCACAAUAUAUCACUGCCAACUCAUGUGGUAAUCAGGCCAUCACUAACUUGCCAAGGAAGUGGAAUGUGUGUGUAGUGGGUUCUCAUGAUCUCUUUGAGCAUCCUCACAUCAAUGACCUUGCUUACAUGCCAGCUAUAAAGGACGGACGAUUUGGUUUCAAUUUGCUGGUGGGUGGCUUCUUUAGUCCCAAGAGAUGUGCAGAGGCAGUCCCUCUUGAUGCCUGGGUCUCAGCAGAUGAUGUGGUCCCAGUGUGCAAAGCCAUACUAGAGGCCUAUAGGGAUCUUGGCACCAGAGGGAACAGACAGAAAACAAGAAUGAUGUGGUUGAUUGAUGAACUUGGCAUAGAAGGAUUCAGGUCAGAGGUAGUGAAAAGAAUGCCUCAACAAGAGCUGGAGACAGCUUCUCCUCAAGAACUAAUUCAGAAGCAAUGGGAAAGGAGAGAUUAUCUUGGUGUCCAUCCACAGAAACAAGAAGGUUUUAGUUUUGUGGGUGUUCACAUUCCUGUAGGUCGAGUCCAAGCAGAUGACAUGGAUGAACUAGCUCGUUUAGCUGACACAUAUGGCUCGGGAGAACUCCGGCUCACUGUGGAGCAAAACAUCAUAAUUCCCAAUAUUGAGAACUCAAAGCUUGAAGCCUUACUUAAAGAGCCUCUAUUGAAAAACAGGUUUUUACCAGAACCCCCUCUUCUCAUGAAAGGGUUGGUGGCUUGCACUGGCAACCAAUUCUGUGGGCAAGGAAUUAUAGAGACAAAGGUCAGGGCCUUGAAGGUGGCUGAGGAAGUUGAGAGGCAAGUGGCAGUGACUCGACCUGUUCGGAUGCACUGGACUGGUUGCCCAAACAGCUGUGGGCAGGUACAAGUGGCUGAUAUUGGUUUCAUGGGGUGUAUGGCAAGGGAUGAGAAUGGGAAGCCUUGUGAAGGUGUUGAUGUUUUUUUGGGAGGCAGAAUUGGGAGUGACUCACAUUUGGGAGAUGUUUACAAGAAGGGUGUUCCAUGCAAGGACUUGGUCCCCUUAGUAGUGGACAUUAUGGUCAAACAUUUUGGAGCUGUACUGAGGGAGAGGGAAGAAAGGGAGGAUUGAUUCAAAUAGCCUAGAAACAUUUCAUUUUGUUCUUUUACCAAUGUGCAAAACAUUUGACAUGUUGGUCUCAUUGAUAGUUUUGGUAUGGUAUGGGGUUCACUUGUUAAUGGAAAUAAUUUGUAGGAGUUCGAUAGUAACAUGAAAGUAAUAAAAUAAAAUAGAAAAAAAGGUUGAUUUAA